CAAGACGCUUUGGACAAACAUUUCAAAGAUGCCAAUACUCCAGAAAUGUGCUUACAGAGGCCACAUUAUGAAGCUCUUGGAAUUGACUGUGUCCUGGGAGGACUGAAUGGAAGAGGCGAUUGAACGGAAGAGGGCCAAGUACAAGGAGUUGGCAGGUGAAUGUCAUAGUAGGGGAUAGAAGACCCGCUUUCUCCCCCUUGAGGUUGGCUGCUGAGGGUUUGCUGUCCAGUCGCUCUGCAGGGCCCUCAAGCUUCUGGGACUCAGGGGACUGCACAAUAAAAAAGCCAUCAGGAACAUCACUGAUGCCGCUGAGAAGGCAUCUAGAUAGCUAUGGAUCAAAAGGGGUGAUCUGUGGACCACACAAGCUUGAUACAGUUUAUAUCUAUUAUACAAUUUUCUAAUCAACUUUAUGUUCACUGUGAGGCAUCUAUACAAAUUUUCAAGUAUGUUGUAUAGUAAAGGGACAAAUUCCAUACCUCAAUCAGAUUCAAAUGUAUUUAUCAAGCUGUCCAAAGUUUUCCAAUAAAGCAUUCUUUACUCGGAAGAAUUCAUGCCACGCUGUGCAGAUCUCCUGUAGUUCGAGGUCGAGUUGAAUGUCGGCUUCCGAGUUGAAUUCCUAUUGUUCUUCUAUAGCACCACCAUUUAUGUAAUCACUCGUAUCUAUAAGUCACAGAACAUGUGAGAGCUUUUAUUUAUUUAUUUUUUUAUUUUUAUUUUUUGCGAUGACUGCACAGCCCAGGCUGGUGGAGGUGGUGUAAUGGUGUAGGGAAAGUUUUCUUGGCACACUUUGGGCCCGUUAAUACCAGUUAAUCGUUUGAUAGCCACAGCCUUUUGAAUUUUGUUGCUGACCAUGUGCAUCCCUUCAUGGCCACAAUUUACCCAACUUCUAACGGCUACUCCCGUUCUACCAGAAUGAAAGUGCACCUGAAAAAUCUGCAGGAAAUGCAUGAUGCAAUCAUGUCAUCAUGGACCAGAAUCUCAAAGGAAUGUUUCUAACAUCUUGUAGAAUCCAUACCAUGAAGAACUGAGGCUUCGAGGGCAAAGGGAGGCCCAACCCAGUAUUUGUAUAGUGUUUCUAAUAAAGUGCUUAGUGAGUGUAUAUAUUUAUACUUCUACUUACUAUCCAGGAAUGUUAUUUUGAAUAGCUUGCAUGAAAUUUUGAAGCGUCAUGCUCCAAAAUCAGUUCCUUAAAAUAUCUAUGACAUCAGCAUGUGCUCAGAUGACUUUGUCACCCCAGUAUAAAUACUUGUUUAAAAUAGUAUUUCAUGCUAAUAGGAACAGAAGCACACUCUGGCUGUAAGGAGAGUUCCAUGAAUUCCUCAAGUGCUUGCUGAAAUUUGAGUCACACGUUGCCUCAGAGUGACAGUGUCACUGUCGGGAAGGGGACAGCAGUUUACUCAAACUAUGGUCACAGCUAGGGAAUCUCAGUGCGAAAGAACACGGAGCUCUCCCCCCUGGGAUUCGACCCUUUUCCUUAUUUGUAUGAUUGUGGAUUGUCUGGACUAUACUAUAUAUAAAAAGGCACAAGAAGAGCACACAUCCAUUCAGAAGAGACGACUGAAGCGAGGACUGGUGAAUGUUUGGACGACGCACGUUCCACUUUAUUCUAGUGCAACUAUAAGGAGACCAUUUAUAGAGACAACAGAAGUAUUAAGUAACCAGGACCUCAUCUACUGUAUUGCUAAAUCUGUAAGCUACGUGCUUGAACCUUAGAUUGUUCAGUAGUUUCAAACACAAUGGGACUGCAUGGCUCCAAAAUUCCCUCAGAAGCUCAGAUUCUAAUGCUUGGCCUUGAUGGAUCUGGAAAGUCCACCCUGCUCUACAAGCUGAAAUACAAUGAGGCUGUGGUAACCGUUCCCACUGUGGGCUUCAAUGUGGAGAUGCUGGAGACCAAAGAGAAGGGCUUUGUGCUGACCGUGUGGGACGUCGGGGGACAGCACCGGAUGAGGAUUCACUGGGAGCACUACUAUCAGGGCACAGCAGGCCUGGUGUUUGUGGUGGACAGCAAGGACAAGGCACGGAUACCGGAGGCAAAGCAGGAACUAGAGAAGAUCCUGGGAAAUAAGAGUCUGAAAGGCCUUCCGUUGAUUGUACUAGCCAACAAGCAGGAUUUGCCAGGAGCCGCAAGUGCUGGAGAUGUUGCAGAGAUCUUGAAAUUGAAGGAGAUUUGUGGCAAAAGACAUUGGUUUCUUCAGCCAUGUUCAGGCAAGACUGGUGCCGGUUUGGAGGAGUGCUUCCAGAUGAUGGGCCAUUUUCUUAAGACUGCAGUAGGAGAAGGAGAGGAAUGUCUACAGAGAAGAAGGAAAUCAUUUAAAGUGAAGACACAGCAGGAUUACUGGUAAAUCGAACCGUUGUUACAAUCAAUGAACUACAGUUAUUCAAUUCAAUUCAAUUCAAUUUUAUUUGUAUAGCGCUUUUUACAAUAGACAUUGUCUCAAAGCAGCUUUACAGAAAUAUCAACAUGGUAUACAGAUAUUAAAGGUGUGAAUUUAUCCCAACUGAGCAAGCCACUGAGUGGCGGCGGUGGCAAGGAAAAACUCCCUAAGAUGUUUUAAGAGGAAGAAACCUUGAGAGGAACCCGACUCAGAAGGGAACCCAUCCUCAUCUGGGUAACAACAGUUAGUGUGAAAAAGUUCAUUAUGGAUUUAUAUGAAGUCUGUAUGGCCUUAGGAGCAGCCGUAGUCCCAGCAGUCUGGAAUUAGAGAAGAUUUGAGCUCCAUCCAGAGGCAGAAAGGAUCUGGAUCUCUAGUAUCUCCAUAAAUUCGUGUGGGGCUCGGCGAAAGGAGAGAGGGAGAAAAAAGAUUAUUAUGACUGCGAAGUAGUAGAACAGAAUCUAGUCAGGGUAGGCUUGAGUAAACAAAAACGUUUUAAGCCUAGACUUAAACACUGAGACUUACAGUGGCAUGGCAGCAAAAUGCCUCCACAGCAUGACAGAGCCACAAUUAUCUCCUUUAAUUUGCUAAGUCUCUGUAAAUGUGGUAUGAAACAACAGUUACCAUGCACUAUGUCCUGCACAUUUUUCUAAACUAAUGUGAAAUGCUUCUACAUUCUAAUCUGUAAAUUUACUUGUUCAAAAACGUGUUCAAGUAUUUUUUUUAUUUCUUUGUUCUCUUCACUAUUCCAUUUAUAUGUUCUGUUUGAUAAAGUACAAUUUGCUGCUUGCAAUUUUUUUUUUCCUCUUUUGAAAAAAAAAUGUCUUUAUUCAUUUUUAUAUUUCUAAACCCCAUUAUCUUUGGUGUUUAGUCAUUCUCUUUUUGUUUAUACUGUAAUCUGUAUGUAUUUAUGAUAAUAUGAUCAUUUAUGAAUUGAUGAUAAUAUGAUAGCGACUAAAUAAAUAGUCAACUAAUAAACACUAAUAAACAUUUAUAGAGUUUUUCAUUUAUUUCAAGUUCAAAGCCAAAACCAAAAGCAACACCAUUGUGGUUUGAGCUCACAGUCUGUACAAUGAUCCGGUUAUAGAUAUAACAAUUCAUCUAUCUUCAGUAACCUCUUUAUCCUGGUUCAUGGUCUUGAGUCAUGCUGUUAUUGGAAAAUAAUAAGCUCUGGGGUGGUAACAUUGGGCGGCAUCAUAACACCCCAUCCUUUAACAGCAUGCUCAUUGUGUUUUACUGCUUAUAUCACACAUAAUCGCUAUUAGAUUCUGGUGAAUAAAAACUUCUUUUAUAAAUUAAGAGUGUGAUGAACAGUUCUGUGUAGGGAGUCCAUUCUUUAUUCAGCAAACAGAUAUGUUACACCAUAAAGAUCUCAGCACUCUGCAUGGAGAGCAUGCAGCAGUAUUUAUUUGCAUUUGACCUUGACUUAAUCAAUAGAUGCUUACACUGAUGGGCCCUUGAGAAAGGCUCUUAAC